CACCUGGUGCGCCAUCGAGGGCUUCAACCUAUACCUUAUGUUGGGGAAGGUCUUCGCUACGUUUAACCCCUUGAAGUAUUACGUGAUUGUUGGCUAUGGGUUCCCUCUGUUAUUUGUGGGCAUAACACUCGCAGCUACUCAAGCCCAGGGCUACGGCACGGCGAGAGUAUGCUGGCUCGAACCUGGAAACAUUAUCUGGACGUUCGCUGGUCCUGUGCUCCUGAUAAUGAUGUGUAAUAUGGUGAGCUUCAUCUUCGCUGUGAGGGUGGCGUGCAGGAGGCAGACCCAGGGUGGUCCCCAGAGGCCUCCUGUCAAGAUGAGGGGCUCCCUCGCUCUCUUCCUCAUUCUCGGCCUUACCUGGUCCUCCGGUUUCCUCUACGCCGUUAAAGAGACUAAAGUGCUGGCCUUCGUGUUCACUGUGCUCAACUCCCUUCAGGGCCUCGGUAUCUUUAUGACCACCGUCCUCAUGAAUGAACGUCUCAUUAAAGACCUUCGUUCAGUGCGGUUUAUAAAAAGACUUCAUAAUACAAUCAGAGGAAGGAAACAUGCAGCACAAGACGCUGACCAGGAUUCUCAGAAUCAGCUUGACCUGAACUGUACAAUUGAGAUGAACACAAAUAAUCAGUGAGAAGUAUUGUGUUGCUUCAGCAUCCCAACACAGUGGUUGUGCCAUAUGAGAACGUGGCAAUGUUAGGAAGGAAUGCUCUAACCUGCUUUUAUCUUGUUUGCUGCAAGUAAAUAAACAUGAUUUUAUGUAUUUCAACUCAAUGGAUUUCAUAUAUAUAUCAACAUACUGAAAACGUUCAGGUUAAUGAAAGACCUGGGUAGAUGCUGGAAUGGAAGAAGGUUGUUGUUUUAUGGAAGAAACUGCCUGUAACAUAAUUGACGUGGGUUUACGAGAUAAUUUUAAGCAUUAGUUAGACAUAUGACUGAGUUUAGGUAGACAUAAAUAGGAGCAUCCUCGCAUGUUCUAACCAACAAUUUAGCCCUUAAGUGCAUAAUAUGUCAAGAAAGCAAAAUAUUUUCCCAAAUACAAUGGAGGAGGAGGGGGUGGGGGGGAGAUUAAGAUUUGGGGUCAUAAUGACUCCUAAGGGAAACCGCUAAGUCUGAUCAGGAGUCUGCACUUUGUGUAAAAUAUGUGUAUUAAUGUUUGACAAUGCAAACAACAGUAAGUCUCAUAGGGACAUUAUUUCCAAGCACUCACGUGUCUUGGCCACUAGACUUUCUGCACUUAGAUCGUCCUCUGAUGUUUAUGAACCCAUAUUAUAAAGACAUUGUUUUUUUCACCUCACACGUCACCUUCUUUCUGACUAUAUAUCAAGUAUUGUAUUGCAUUGUUUAUAUUUUCGACGAUGUUGUUGGGUUAUGUGGGCAAUGGUAUUGUUUCAGUAAUGUAUCUAACCUUCAGUGGGCUGCUUAUUGGAUGUGCUAUAUUUUGCCACACAACUUAACAGCAGGAGUUUUAGUUCAUUACUGUAAUAUUUAUUUAACUUAAAAUUAGUCCAUUUAAUGCUGAAUUGUUUAACUGAAUUAAUCUAAAGUAUUUGGUCAGCACAGUUGACCGAAGAUAACUCUUAAACUACUUAACUUUAGAAGGACCACCAUUUGCUCUUCAUCCUGAAUAAUGAUUGUUACUGAAUCACCUAAAUAUUAUUUGUGAAUUAAUAAUUA